AUGGAGCCCGCUUCUCCCCAGGGUGACGUGAAGAAGAGGCAGCAGAAGGAGAAGUCCAAGAAGCCGGUACCACCAAUAGCUCCUCGCCCACCCAGGGCUCUGUUCUGCUUGACCCUGGAAAACCCUCUGCGGAAGGCGUGCAUCAGCAUCGUGGAGUGGAAACCCUUCGAGAUCAUCAUCCUCCUCACCAUCUUUGCCAACUGUGUUGCUCUGGCCAUCUACCUGCCCAUGCCUGAGGAUGACACCAACAUCGCCAACUCCAGCCUGGAGAAGAUCGAAUAUGCCUUCCUCAUCUUCUUUGCCAUCGAGGCCAUGCUCAAGAUAAUUGCCUAUGGCUUUCUUUUCCACUCGGAUGCCUAUCUCCGAAACGGCUGGAAUGUCCUCGACUUCUCCAUUGUGACCCUAGGGCUCAUCACCAUGACCCUGGAGCAGGUCAAUGUGAAGCAGGCAGGGCCCUCGGGGGGGAAAGGCGGCUUUGACGUGAAGGCGCUGCGAGCGUUCCGUGUGCUGAGACCCCUGCGCCUGGUGUCCGGAGUGCCGAGCCUUCAGGUCGUCCUGAACUCCAUCAUCAAGGCCAUGGUGCCCCUGCUCCACAUUGCCCUGCUGGUCCUCUUCAUGAUCAUCAUCUACGCCAUUGUGGGGCAGGAGCUCUUCAAGGGCAGGAUGCACAAGACCUGCUACUACCUCGGGACAGAUGUGAUUGCCACGGUGGGCUCAGAGAAGCCAGCGCCGUGCACCAGCUCGGGCCACGGGCGGCACUGCAGCAUCAACGGCAGCGAGUGCCGCGGGGGCUGGCCCGGCCCCAACAACGGCAUCACCCACUUCGACAACUUCGGCUUCGCCAUGCUCACCGUGUACCAGUGCAUCACCAUGGAGGGCUGGACCGAGGUUCUCUACUGGGUAAAUGAUGCCAUGGGCAAUGAAUGGCCCUGGAUCUACUUUGUCAGCCUUAUCUUACUUGGCUCCUUCUUCGUGCUCAACCUGGUGCUGGGGGUGCUCAGUGGGGACUUUCACCAAGAGCGCGAGAAGGCCAAGUCGCGGGGCACGUUCCAGAAGCUGCGGGAGAAGCAGCAGCUGGAGGAGGACCUGAAGGGCUACAUGGACUGGAUCACCCACGCCGAGGUCAUGGACAGUGACCGGGCCAGGGGAGAAGGUAUGAUGCCAUCGGAUGAAGGAGGGUCAGAGACAGAGAGCUUAUAUGAAAUUGAGGGCAUGAACAAGUGGAUUCUCUUCUUCCGUCAGUGGAGGCGUUGGAACCGAAUGUUUCGUAGGAAGUGCAGGGAUGUGGUGAAGUCCAAGUUCUUCUAUUGGCUUGUCAUCCUGAUGGUGGCACUGAACACCCUCUCCAUCGCCUCUGAGCACCACUUCCAGCCAGAAUGGCUGACACGGGUGCAAGACAAUGCCAACCGGUUGCUGCUGGCCCUGUUUGUGGCCGAGAUGCUGCUGAAGAUGUAUGCGCUGGGGCUGCGCCAGUACUUCAUGUCGCUCUUCAACCGCUUCGACUGCUUCGUGGUGUGCUCGGGGAUCCUGGAGACCAUCCUGGUGGAGCUGGGCACCCUGUCCCCCCUGGGCAUCUCCGUGCUGCGCUGCAUCCGCCUCCUGCGCAUCUUCAAGAUCACCAGGUACUGGACAUCUUUGAGCAACCUGGUGGCCUCUCUGCUCAACUCAGUCCGCUCCAUUGCCUCUCUGCUCCUCCUCCUCUUCCUCUUCAUCAUAGUUUUUGCCCUGCUGGGCAUGCAGCUCUUUGGGGGCAAGUUUGAUUUCGAGGACAUGAAAGUGCGGCGCAGCACGUUCGACAACUUUCCCCAGGCCCUCAUCAGUGUCUUCCAGAUCCUGACCGGAGAGGACUGGAAUUCAAUCAUGUACGAUGGGAUCAUGGCCUUUGGGGGCCCGUCCUUUCCUGGCAUGCUGGUCUGCAUCUACUUCAUCAUCCUCUUUGUUUGUGGGAACUAUAUCCUCCUCAAUGUUUUCCUGGCCAUUGCAGUCGAUAACCUGGCUGAGGCUGAGAGCCUGACGUUAGCCCAGAAGGCCAAAGCAGAGGAGCGCAAACGGAGGAAGAUGUCCAGAGGCUACCCAGAGAAGUCUGAAGAGGAGAAGCAGAUCCUGGCAAAGAAACUGGAGCAGAAAGCAAAGGGAGAAGGGAUUCCCACAACAGCCAAGUUGAAAGUGGAUGAAUUUGAAUCCAAUGUCAAUGAGAUCAAAGACCCCUACCCUUCUGCAGACUUCCCAGGUGAUGAUGAGGAAGAUGAGCCUGAUCCCCUGAGUCCUCGGCCACGUCCUCUUGCAGAGCUACAGCUGAAGGAGAAGGCUGUGCCCAUGCCUGAAGCCAGCUCCUUCUUCAUCUUCAGCCCAACCAACAAGUUUCGGGUCCUGUGCCACAGAACUGUUAAUGCCACCUGGUUCACCAACUUCAUCCUGCUCUUCAUCCUGCUCAGCAGCAUUUCCCUGGCAGCUGAGGAUCCCAUCCGGGCCGAGUCCUUCCGCAACAAGAUUCUUGGAUACUUUGACAUUGGUUUCACUUCUGUCUUCACAGUUGAAAUCGUCUUGAAGAUGACAACCUACGGUGCUUUCCUGCACAAAGGCUCCUUCUGCAGGAACUCCUUCAAUAUCCUGGACUUGUUGGUGGUGGCUGUCUCCCUCAUCUCCAUGGGAAUUGAGUCCAGCACCAUCUCUGUGGUGAAGAUCCUGAGGGUGCUGAGGGUGCUGAGGCCUCUGCGAGCCAUUAACAGGGCGAAGGGGCUGAAGCACGUGGUCCAGUGCGUGUUCGUGGCCAUCAAGACUAUUGGGAACAUUGUGGUUGUCACGACCUUGCUGCAGUUCAUGUUUGCCUGCAUUGGAGUGCAGCUCUUCAAGGGCAAGUUCUACAGGUGCACAGACCCAUCCAAGCUGACAGAGAAGGAGUGCAGGGGUCAGUUCAUCAACUACGUGGACGCAGACCCCACGCAGAUCGAGGUCCAGGAGCGUGUCUGGCUGCACAGUGACUUCCACUUCAACGAUGUCUUCUCUGCCAUGAUGUCGCUCUUCACCGUCUCCACCUUUGAGGGCUGGCCAGAGCUGCUGUAUAUGGCCAUUGACACCAAUGCUGAGGAUGCAGGCCCUAUCUACAACUACCUGGAGAUUGCAAUGUUCUUCAUCAUCUACAUCAUCCUCAUUGCCUUCUUCAUGAUGAACAUCUUUGUGGGCUUUGUCAUCGUCACCUUCCAGGAGCAAGGGGAGAAUGAGUACAAGAACUGUGAGCUGGACAAGAAUCAGCGCCAGUGUGUGCAGUACGCUCUGAAGGCUCGCCCGCUGCGCCGCUACAUCCCCAAGAACCCCUACCAGUACCAGAUCUGGUACGUGGUCACCUCCUCCUACUUCGAGUACCUGAUGUUCUUCCUGAUCCUGCUGAACACCAUCUGCCUGGGCAUGCAGCAUUACAACCAGUCUGCAGAAAUGAACCACAUCUCAGACAUCCUCAAUGUGGCCUUCACCAUCCUCUUCACCCUGGAGAUGGUCCUCAAGCUCAUGGCCUUUAAAGUUAAGGGCUACUUCGGAGACCCCUGGAAUGUCUUUGACUUCCUCAUAGUGAUUGGCAGCAUCAUUGAUGUCAUCCUCAGUGAGAUUGAUACUAUUCUUGCCCCCAGUGGUGGAUUGUACUGCCUGGGUGGAGGCUGUGAUGGCACUGACCCUGAUGACAACUCCCGCGUCUCCAUCACUUUUUUCCGGCUGUUCCGGGUGAUGCGUCUGGUGAAGCUGCUGAGCCGGGGUGAAGGUGUCAGGACCCUCCUGUGGACCUUCAUCAAGUCCUUUCAGGCUCUGCCAUACGUGGCCCUGCUGAUUGUGAUGCUUUUCUUCAUCUAUGCUGUGAUUGGGAUGCAGAUGUUUGGGAAGAUUGCCAUGGUAGAUGGGACCCAGAUCAACCGAAACAACAACUUCCAGACCUUUCCACAGGCUGUGCUGCUGCUUUUCAGGUGUGCCACUGGUGAGGCGUGGCAGGAGAUCCUGCUGGACUGCAGCUACGGCCGGCGCUGCGACCCCGAGUCCGACUAUGCCGAGGGCGAGGAGUACACCUGUGGCACCGGCUGCUACUUCUAUUUCAUCAGCUUCUACAUGCUCUGUGCCUUCCUGAUCAUUAACCUCUUUGUGGCUGUCAUCAUGGACAACUUUGACUACCUGACGGACUGGUCCAUCCUCGGGCCCCAUCACCUGGACGAGUUCAAGCGGAUCUGGGCAGAGUACGACCCCGAGGCCAAGGGGAGAAUCAAACACUUGGAUGUGGUGACUCUGCUGAGGCGUAUCAACCCUCCCCUGGGCUUUGGGAAGUUCUGCCCACACCGUGUAGCUUGCAGGCGCCUGGUGUGCAUGAACAUGCCCCUGAACAGCGACGGCACCGUCACCUUCAACGCCACCCUCUUUGCCCUCGUCAGGACAGCCCUCAAGAUCAAGACAGAAGGUAAUUUUGAACAGGCCAAUGAGGAGCUCAGAACUAUUAUCAAAAAAAUCUGGAAGCGAACCAGUAUGAAGCUUUUGGACCAGGUCAUCCCACCUAUUGGAGAUGAUGAGGUGACAGUGGGCAAAUUCUAUGCUACUUUCCUGAUCCAAGAACAUUUCAGGAAGUUCAUGAAGCGCCAGGAGGAAUAUUAUGGGUACCGGCCCAAGAAAAACCCAGUGGAGAUCCAGGCUGGGCUGAGGAGCAUUGAAGAAGAAGCUGCUCCUGAAAUCCAUCGGGCCAUUUCUGGGGACUUGACUGCAGAGGAGGAGCUGGAAAGAGCCAUGGUGGAGGCUGCCAUGGAGGAAGGGAUAUACAGGAGAACAGGUGGCUUGUUUGGCCAGGUGGACAGCUUCAUGGAGCCCAGCAGCCCCCUGCAGCCCCAGGUGGCCAGCCAGAGGCCCCUGCAGUUCACUGAGGUGGGCAGCGAGGACUUCGACUCUCCUGUGUUCCUUGAUGACUUCCCCCAGGAAGGCAACACCAACAUCAACAAUGCCAACAGCAGCAGCUGGCUGGAGGGGGUGCAGUAUGAGGAUGAGGUGCUGAGGAGGACGGUACCAGCAGCACGCAGGCGCCCAGCGAGGCACAACCGCCCCAUUCCCAUGGAGAGGCUGAGCAGGAGGCGAGGGGCCUCCUCUGGGGGUCCGUCAUCACCAGGGCCACUCCUGCCCCAGCAGGAUGGCACUGCGACAGGAACAGCAUCCAGCUCAAGGUUCCAGCAGAGAGAAACUGGUGAGCCAGGAACAUCCUCCACCCCAGCCAUCACCUUCCUCAUUCAGGAGGCUCUGAUCUCUGGAGGCCUCGGGGCUCUGGCCCAUGACUCAUCGUUUGUAGCAGUGGCCAGGGAUGAGAUGGCAGCCAGCAGCCAGUUGGAGAUGGAUGAAAUGGAAAAAGCAGCUGUGGAGCUGCUAAAGGGAAGAGAAACACUGCAGGGCACAAAAAGUGGCUCUGCCCCACUGGACACCUCUGUACCAGCAGGCAGAUCCUGAGGACUCAGUGCAGCUCCCUCCCUAAAGACCAUCAGUGCCAGUCGCCUGUGA